CAGCAGCCACAUAUUUAUGAAUUUGCAACUCGAGUUUAUUACAUUAUGCGACGACGAGCAGAUGAUGUUGGUAUCGUACUCAGCGGCUCGACAGGCUCCGGAAAGUCGACCACACAUCACCACUUAUUGAGCCAGUUGCUCCAUCUGUCGGCACAGUCUCGACGCGAGGCCAAACUACGGCGUUAUAUUCUCAGUGCACAGACCAUUAUCGAUGCCUUUAGCACGGCCGCGACACCCGAUAAUGCGAAUGCGUCACACCUGCAUCAAUUCCAAACCUUGUAUUUUAAUGAACGCGGACGCAUUCUUGGCUUGCAUACAGCCGUCUACCUGCUUGACAAGCAACGUGUCACUGCUACUACCACCAGCACUAACAGCGAAGGAGGAGGGAGCGGAGGAGCCAACUAUAGCAUUUUUUACCAGCUCUUGGCCGGCACCACCGCACAAGAAAAAGCAGCGCUUCAUAUCAACUAUACCGCCGACCACUUCGCCUACCUCAAAGAUCCCCAAGGUCACCAGCAUCGCAAUGCGUUAGCGUGGACAACCUCACUAGCCGCACGCGACGAAGUCGCCUUUGCCGAUUUCAAAGCAGCAUUGAAGACAUGUGGCUUUAAGGCCAAGACGAUCGCCCAAAUCUGUCAACUUCUCGGAGCCAUUUUGCAUCUCGGCAACAUUCAAUUCGUAGGCAACAACCAAUCGUGUAAAAUUAAAAACAAGGAUACAUUAUCGCUGGUGGCAGCAGCCUUGGGAGUGGCAACAACCAAAUUGGAAGCAACGUUGACACAUAAGCUCAAACUGCUCGGCAAGGAAUUUUGCACAGCGUUUUUGACAGCCGAUGCAGCGACGGUCCAGCGAGACGCAUUGGCACGUUCCUUGUAUACUAUUUUGGUGCUAUGGAUUGUUGACGUGCUCAACCAGCAUUAUCCUACAACGAGUGAUCAAUGUAUUAGUAUUCUAGAUCCCGCUAAUGGGAUCAGCAACCACCAACAGCAACGCACAGCAGGAUUCAUAGAUCUGUGCUCACAUUUCUGUGCAGAACGCAUCCAUCAAUUUAUCAUCACCAAACCACAUCUCUUGGACGCACCGCCACCCAUCACUUCAUCGUUAUCGGUGUAUCUCGGCAACCAAGGUCUCGUUUCGCUUUUGGAUCGUGAAUCAGAACGUCUAGAAGCAUAUGCGCUCGAUGCAACGGAUGCCAACUUUUUAUCGCUGCUACUGAAGAAACAGCAACCACGUGUCGUCAGCAAACGACCUCAGACAUUCGCCAUCCAGCAUUUCACCGGUCCGGUCGAAUACAAAGCUGAUGGCUUGCUAGAAAGCAAUCUGGACGCCCUCUCUCCCGAUUUCAUCCUGCUUUUUCGCUACAGCUGCACUAACACGUUCCUGCGCGAGCUUUUUGAAAGCUCAGUCUUGGUCACGGAAAUGCAUCCACGUGACGAACGCACUAUCAUCAAAGCACAGCUACCAGCAAGACCCAAGCAUGGUCAAUGGCGACCGACCGAUCCUGUCGACGAAAGCAGCGCCAGCAAUGGCAAAAUGAUGAUGACCGUGCUCGAUCAGACGGUACACAGUAUGGAUCGACUGAUCGACCGAUUGAAAACGAUGCAACUGUUCGAAGUCCUCCACAUCCGACCUAACGACCAGCAAAAGCCAGAUCUAUUCGAUCCAACUGUCGUACAAUCCCAGCUUGUGGCACACAAAAUGGCUGAUCGUGCCAAACUGGAUCCCAUGUACAGCUACGAGUUUGCUGAUUUCUUGAACCGCUAUCAUUACUUGCUGAGUAUGCUCCCAUUCGAUGAUGAGAGUCAAGAAGACGAGCGAGCGAAAAUCAUCAAGUUGAUCCAUGUAAUGCAGUGGACCAGUAUCCAAGUUGACCUUGGGAAGACUUGCAUCUGGAUUGCGUUUGAUGUCUGGCGAGAUCUCGAGAACCAUUUACGAGCGCUGGAAAAAGAGCAGCGGAUCCCGGCGGCAGCAGCAGCGGCCGCAGCUGAACAUGAAGCAACAGAGGGCUCUGAUCCAGAUCAGAAUCCAUUUGGUGAUGAUCAUGACUGUGGUGCAUCUGAUAUGUAUACUACCGACAAUGACUUUUACGACGAUCGAACUGAAGUAGGCGAUCAGUAUGGCGGUGAUUCCAUGGGAAAGCAUAGUACUAGCCAAUGGGGAGAAGAUGAUGAUAUGGACGGCUAUAUGGAUUUAUAUGGACCCAAUAUGGACAUGAGCAAGAUGGUGGAGGAUUAUUGCGUACAGCAAGAAGAGCUCAUUGAAGAAGUACCGAUCACACCGAUUCGACAAUGGUGGGCACGUUUUGUGUGGUUCUGUACCUGGUGGAUCCCCUCUGUAGCACUCCGCUACAUUGGUAAAAUGGAUCGACAAGACGUUCGCAUGGCAUGGCGCGAAAAAGUGACUCUGUGUAUCCUCAUAUUCACGCUAUCUGCCAGUAUUGUCUUUGUUAUCGUUGGUCUCGGUGAAGUCAUUUGCCCCGGUACCAAAGAUCUGUAUACAGCGCAAGACGUACAAAAUCAUCAGACAAUCGAUGAUUACUGGAUCAGCGUACGCGGCAAAGUGUACGAAAUGACCGAUUUUGUCGCCAAUACACACGGUUCGAACGCGUAUGUUGCCACCAAAUCUACACUCGAGCCACUUGCAGGCCGUGAUUUGUCGUACACCUUCCCACCACCGCUGACGCAGGCCUGCCAAGGACUGGUUACAGACGAUAGCAUCACCAUCACACCCAACGAAACGAUCGUGCUUGGACCAUUCGUGCACUAUUCCGGCAACCAGCAGUCCGAAAAAUCAAUGGCUCGUAUGCGUGAUCCAGACUGGCUCAAGCGAUACUUUGAUCCUGUGAUGGGUCCAAACAAGCAUGGCGACCUUGUCAUUUCCAAAAAGCAGCUUGAAGGCGAUUUUCAGAGCUGGGGACGGCUUGCAUUAGCAAUGAACGGCAAAAUCUAUGAUCUGACCGACUACAUGGCAACAGCGCACAAGUAUCCACGCGACGCAGUCGGUGUACCCAACUAUCACUUUCUCAACGAGGCUGUCGAGCUCAUGUUUACCAAGUAUGCUGGCACAGACGCGACCGAGAUGUGGGAGCAGUUUAGUUGGAAAAUGACUGAAGAGGAACGUGCGCAGAACCUAGCGUGUCUUGACAAUGCAUUUCAUGUGGCGCGUCUUGACUAUCGUGAUUCGUUGCGAUGCACGUUCGUCAACUACUUGCUGCUCAGCUUUGCUGUCGUCACAUCACUGGUAAUCCUAGUCAAGUUUCUGGCGGCACUCCAGUUUGGUGGCGCACCGACGCCUGAAGAACAAGACAAGUUUGUAAUUUGUCAAGUGCCAUGCUACACGGAGGAUGAGGAGUCGCUCCGCAAAACGAUCGAUUCGUUGACCACUAUGGACUAUGACGAUAAAAGGAAACUGCUAUUCCUGAUUGCCGAUGGAAUGAUUAUUGGUAGUGGUAAUGACAAGCCUACACCUAUGAUCUUGCUGGAUAUCUUGGGUCAUGAUGACAAGGAGGAUCCUGAGCCAGUCAUGUUCAAGUCUGUCGGUGAGGGAUCCAAGCAGCUCAAUUAUGGCAAGGUGUAUUCAGGUUUAUACAUGCAUGAGGGUCACUGUGUCCCCUAUGUGGUUGUGAUCAAGGUCGGCAAGUCCACCGAGCGCAAUAAGCCUGGCAACCGUGGCAAACGUGAUUCGCAAAUCAUCUGUAUGGACUUUUUACGCAAGGUACACUUUGAUUCUGAAAUGACGCCGUUGGAGCUGUCCAUCUACCACAACAUUCGCAACGUCAUUGGUGUUGACCCAGCCCUGUACGAGUAUAUCCUUAUGGUGGAUUCGGACACGGAGGUUUAUCCGGAUGCCUUGACACGCCUGGUCUCCUGUAUGCUGCACGACAGCCGCAUCAUUGGUCUGUGCGGCGAGACUGAGUUGUGCAACGAGGAUUGCUCGUGGACGACGCGCAUCCAAGUAUACGAGUAUUACAUUUCCCACCAUCUGGUCAAGGCGUUCGAGUCAUUGUUCGGUUCUGUCACUUGUCUGCCGGGCUGUUUCUGCAUGUACCGGGUACGUACUGCUUCCAAGCGACAACCGCUGAUCGUCUCACCGGCCAUCAUCCAUGGCUAUUCGGAUAACCAGGUGGACACACUGCAUAAAAAGAAUCUGCUACAUCUGGGCGAAGAUCGGUAUCUGACGACGUUAAUGAUGAAGAAUUUCCCAGAAUACAAGAUGAUGUUUACGCCAUAUGCACGAUGUCGCACGGUGGCACCGGACCGAUGGCAAGUGUUGCUCUCACAGCGCCGGCGCUGGAUCAACUCGACCAUCCACAACCUGCUUGAACUCAUCCUGCUACCCGAACUGUGCGGCUUCUGCUGCCUGUCGAUGCGUUUUGUCGUCAUGAUUGACUUGAUUGGCACCAUCACGCUUCCCGCAUCUGUAAUUUAUCUCGCAUAUCUCAUCUAUGUGGUGGCUGCCAAUACCGGACCUAUUCCUGUGAUUGCCUUGGGUAUGCUUGCUGGUGCCUAUGGCUUACAGGCGCUCAUUUUCAUCAUCAAGCGACAGUGGCAACACAUUGGCUGGAUGGUGAUCUAUCUUAUGGCCAUUCCCGUGUUCAGUUUCCUGAUACCGAUCUAUGCAUUCUGGCACUUUGACGACUUCUCCUGGGGCAAUACGCGUGUUGUCGUGGGUGACAAGAAGAAACAAAUCAUUGUAACUGAAGAUGAAAAGUUUGACGACAAGAUGAUCCCGCUGAAAAAGUGGGAGCAGCAUGAGCGAGAAAUGCUCGAGACACGGUCGAUUGAAUCGGACGAGACCAGGCUUACCAACUAUACUUACGACAGCCGGCCUGCGUCUGCAUCGUAUCGACAAGAGGAAGGAGCUGAUGGAAAUGAAGAACACCUGCCGCGACUUACCACGGGACUAUCUGAACGACGGCUCUCACAGUUCUCGGUCGAUCUUUCGGCUGUUUUGCAACAACCACAACAACAGCGGCACCGUAACAAACAACAAGAAGAUUCAGGCAGUGUUGCUGGAAGCAAAAGUGGUAGUGAUGGCGAUGACGAUGACACAGAAACCAAGGUUAUAUUACCUGAAGAUGACGAAAUUGAACGUGAGCUGCGGAGGAUCCUAGCGGGUGCCAACCUCAUGACACUGACGAAAAAGCAAGUCCGGAAUCAGCUAUCCCAGCGCUUUGGGGUGGACUUGACGAUAAAGAAGGGAUUCAUCAAUUCAGCCAUAGAGAGAAUUCUAGAAAACGAAAUGUAGAAGGUUUCCACAUUCAGAAACCCAUUCACUUGUGUACAAGCUACCACAAAAAUAAUAUAAUAAAAACCGUG